AUGGCAACAGCUUGUGUGGAUUCCUCCUUCUUCACUCCGUCUCUGCUCCCCAAAAUCCCCUCUGAUGCAGGGACAGGGAGAAGAUGUGAGACCUGCCAGUGGCAACACGUAGAGAAACAUCAGUGUUUCAAGCAGUCGGCUGGAAAGCACACUGGGAACUUAGCAAUAUUUGGUCAGCCAACGCCCAAGGCUCCUUUCAACCCUAAGAAGAACUUGCCUCUAGAAAAGGAUCUCCUUCAUCCUUCUCCAGAAGAGAAGAGGAAAUACAAGAAGAAGAGCCUGGUGCAGAGCCCCAAUUCCUAUUUCAUGGAUGUGAAAUGCCCGGGAUGCUAUAAAAUCACCACAGUUUUUAGCGAUGCAAAAACAGUAGUUUUGUGUAUUUGUUGCUUCACUGUCCUCUGCUAGCCUAUGGGAAGAGAAGCAAGACUUACAGGAGGAUGUUCCUUCAGGAGGAAGCAGCACUAA